UGAUAAGCGACGUCAAUUGACGGGACACACUACGAAGAAGGUUGGCGUUGCUUCAUCCACGACGCUCAUUCACGUCGCUCUGGACGUCUUCAACAUCGAAACAGACCUUGCACCACGUUCCCAGACCACCGCUUAAUCUUACUCACCACCUAUCGCACCAUACCUCGCUUGAACUGAGCCAUGGACGCCUCUGACGAGCGCGAGAACGACUAUCUGCGGUUCCUGCGCGGCAUGCGGCCAGACGACGCCAAUAUUCAGGCUUCAAUGCGUUCGUAGCAAUUUACCGCUUUAGUUUAUAUCACUACGACGAUGUGCUAAUAGUGUACUGACCGUAUCGUGCGUUUAUUUGACGACCAUAGCUGAUCUGUCGACCGCGCAGUCCUCGGAGCUGGACUUCCGAACGUCUUUUGUGGGACCCGACGGACUACCGGAGAUCGACCAUGACGGAGCUGAGUUUGCAAGGAUGCUAUUGGCUCAGGCGGAGCAGGAGCAUAAGGACACAGAUACGGAGGCAGAGGACGCUGUCGCAGCAGCCCAAGCGGAGGCGGAGGAGGCCGCUGCUGCAGUCACCGGCGUGUUGCAGCUAUCGUCUGCGCGUGUGCGAGCAGAUUCGACUCAGAAUCGACGCGUGGAGAAGACUCCGGCUGCUAAAGCGAUCGACAACUUCGUUUUGACCAAGAAAACCUGCAGAUACUACAACAAAGAGCGCGAGAGAUGUAAGCGUGCUGCCACGGGGCUGGAUGGACGCUGUGCCAUUCACAAGGUCAGCCAGUUCUGCAAACAUCCCAAGUGCAACAAAUAUAACCAGGGAAAUGGCUUCUGCAUUAAACAUGGUGGCGGCAAGAAGUGUAAGUACGAAGGUUGCGAAAAGCAUGUCCAAGGCUAUGGCUACUGUUCAGGGCAUGGCGGGAAACCUCUGUGUCCUAUUGAAGGAUGCGAGAACAAGAGGAUGGAAGGAGGAUAUUGCAAGGCUCACGGAGGCGGUCGAUUCUGUCAACACGAGGGCUGUAAGAAACGCGAUAUAGGCGGCGGUCUCUGCAUCUCUCACGGUGGUGGCAAGAAGUGUAAUGCCAAGGACUGCAAGAAAGUGGAUCGAGGCGGUGGCUUCUGCAAAGCUCACGGCGGUGGCAAAAAAUGCGAGAUUGAAAACUGCAAGAACUGGGCACUUGGCGGGGGUAUCUGUCUGGAACACAAAGGUCCCGGUAAGCGUUGCAAGAUGCUGGGAUGCACGAAAUACGAUCUUGGCGGGGGGUUCUGCAUUGCUCACGGUGGUGGUAGGAAGUGCAUUAUCGAAGGCUGCAACAAGAUUCGGCAGGUGAACAAGCGCUGUCGAGGUCACGGUGGUAAAGUCCUAUGCAGUGUACCCAACUGUGAUCGCGCCGCACAGAACCGGAAGCUGUGCAAGUCUCACGGAGGCGGUAAGUUGUGCAAAUACGAAGGUUGCACCAACACGCAAAAAGGCAAAGGAUUUUGCAUUCGACACGGCGGAGGCACCAGAUGUAAGGAGGAAGGAUGCAGCGCGAUCCAGCGUGGAGGUGGUUAUUGUAAGGGUCACGGCGGAGGAAAGAAAUGCUCGUACACGUACUGCAAGAAAUGGGUCGUUGGCGGUGGAUAUUGCGACGACCAUCU